AUUCAUCAAAAGAUGGUAAUUGUGAUGAUGGGCCAUUAUUUAAUGAAGAACUCUUUCAAGAAAUCAAACCAUUUGUUCAUGAGGAAAAUAAAAGAAAUGAAGAUGAACAAAAGUUGGAUCGUUUACAACAAGUAGCUGCCUUGGCAUUUCUUUAUCUUUUUGCAAGUAUUGAAGAUAAAUGGGCUUUAUGCUCAGAUAUUCUUCCUGUUGGUGCUGGCUUAGGAUCAUCAGCAGCUUGCUCAGUCUGUUUGGCUACAGGAUUAUUACUUGUGCUUGGCCAUAUUUCAAUUCCAAAUAAUAACAACAAUCAAUAUAAUGAAAAAACUGAUACUUCUGCUGCAAAAUUGAUAAAUCAAUGGGCUUAUCAAGUCAAGAAGAUUAUACAUGGAAGAACAUCAGGAAUAGAUAAUGGUGUUACUACUUAUGCUGUGUUGUAUAAAAUGACCAGUCAAAGAUUCCCACAAAUUAUUGAUACAAUUUUAGAUGCAAUUGAAAAUGUCAGUGUAUUUUCAAAGGAGAUUCUUGAAAAGUUUGAUAAAAUUGGUAUUGAAUCUCAAUAA